GAUCAAGAGUAGUAGAGUGGUGGGCAUCGGCAUUGUCUCCGUCCCACCGUAUGGGUUGCUUUCGGAUCAGUUCCCGAGGUUGCGGAUCCCCAGCCAAACCACGAUGAUAACGAUGGGUCUCUUUCCACUCCAUUGGACUAUUGGACGCAAGAAAAUGCCUAGUUCCCCUCAGGGUCCGAAGGGGACGGGGCUUGCUAUUCCAAUACAAAAGAAGAGCGACAGGCUCUUUGAUGCAUUCCUUCAUCGAAAUUCUAGGCGACUAAUUUUUGAACUUACCCCGCAAGAUGACGCUGGAUAAACCACAAAUUGGCUGGUAUGGACUGGGCUCCAUGGGCCGUCCCAUGGCCGAGAAUUUGCAGAAAUACAUCGCAAAGAACGCUGAACAGCCGUUGAAAUACUUCAACCGGUCUAUGAGUUCGGGCGAGACAUUGAAGGCACUAGGCGCUGUGCCAGCUACCGGAUUUGUUGACUUGGUGAAGCAGUGUAAUAUUGUCUUCACAAUGGUCCCAAAUGACGAGGUUCUUUCAGGACUCAUCGAGUCUGCUAUUUCUGAAUGCCAAACAUUGUCGGGCAAGAUUUUUGUCGAUUGCUCCACGGUGCAUCCAGAAACUAUUAGCAAAUUGGCAUCCGAUCUGGCCAGCCAUGAGGCUGUGCUUGUUUCAGCCCCAGUGUUUGGUGGCCCGGCCCUUGCGGUUCCGGGAACUCUCGUGUUUGCCAUCGGUGGCCCCAAGUCUGCCUGUGAGUCGGUGGAACGAUACAUCAAUAAUGUCAUGGGAAGAAAGGUUAUCCAGUGCGGAGAGGACCCGGCAAAUUCGUCUCUGUUGAAGAUUGGCGGCAACAUCAUCACCAUCUGUCUGAUGGAGGCUGUUGGAGAAGCCCAGGUGUUUGCAGAGCAAACCGGUCUCGGCACCGAAGCCAUGGAGAAUUUGAUCGGAGAGUCAUUUGGAGCGGUUGCAGGAGGAUAUUCCAAGCGCUUGACUUCUGGAGCAUAUGCCCCUCAGCUCGACACCCGACCUGGGUUUGGAGUGUCGUUGGCUAUUAAGGAUGCCAAACAUGCACUAUCGAUGGCCAAAGAGCGCAAUGUCAAACUACCAGGCUUAACACUCGCUGACCAGAACAUGAGAGCGGCGAGAGAAUACGGCGGAGAAUGUUUGGAUACCAGCUCUAUGUAUGGCGUUUUGCGGCAAGAAGCUGGAUUGAGCUUCUGGAAUGAAAAGAGUCGACAAGGCGGAAAAUAAACAUUCGCUGCAAUUUAAAGAUAUCUAUUUCUUUAUUCAGCUGUUUCCAUGUAUUCAAAUUUUUUUUAUCUCAUAAUGACCUCUCAUAGAGGCUUCCAAGGUUGAAGACCAUGCCAAGCCGGAAGAAUCUUCUACAGAACUUUCAACCUGCCUUUAGUGAGAGCGUAGCCAAAACGGAGCUGCCUUUGUGUGAAAAAAUUAAGCAAGAACUUCUAGCC